UCAAAUAUUUUUUUAGUGUAGUAUCCCCAUUGAAUAAAUAUUUUUUAUUACUUGUCCCUCUCAGUGUAGGAAAGAAAAGUGGAUAUUUUUACAUGAAUUUGGCGAUUUUAGCAAUUGUAUAAGUUUUUAAAUUAUGAAAAUAUGGAACUUUCAUGUUUUCGCAUUUGGAAAAAAUUAUAUAUCUGCCAUUCUGGAAAACGAUCAUAAAUCUUUUCUUCUAUGUAAGCUUAUGAAAAGUGAACAUUUUCAAAUAUUUUCAAGGCAAAAAAUUUGUAUUUUUCAUCAUAGAUGAUCGAAGAAUUCAUGAUCGAUUUCCUGAUCUAAAGACUCAAUCAAUCGCACAAUCACAGGUUGAUUUCAAUGUCGGUAUCACUCGAACUGCAUGGAUCUCGAGAAGAUAACCAGAUGUGCCGCGUUCAAGUGAGGAGACGCAGUUUAAUCAACGUCAAGAGGACUAAUAUUGAUAUUUCAGUUUAACGAUUAAAACGACAUACCCGGGACAAAGUUCUCUUCUCGCGCGUUAUUCUUUAUCGUUGUUCUAACUGCUUCUGAUUUGUUUUGCAGUUCGUACCUCCUUCGUGCGACUGCCAAGUCGAUACGGCCGCCUGCACCUACCUAACUGUACGUUCUGAGAAAUAACUAAGUGUUCUCCAAUUAUUCUCGAUUAAGAUUUCCCAAGAAAUCACUGCGAGGAACAGAUCUCUCGUGCACCCCAGCGUACGUGCGUAAUACGGAUUUAGUAUAAUUUUUAAUAAAAAACAAAAGAAAAGAAAACGUGAACAGUAGUAAUCGAUAAGAGUAUGUUGCCGCAUGGAUACGGGCGCCCUUUGUCGCGAUUGCACACGUGUGUGUGUGUGCGAGAGAGACGACACACAACAGCGAGAUACAUAUAAGUAUAAAUUAGAAGCGAAUCAAAAACAAACUUACUCAACGGCGAUACUUUAUGCAUAUAGAUUGUAUUACGUGUAUACAUAUACAUAUAUAUGUGUGAGUGUGAGCGUAUGUGAACGAGCUGAUAUCUAUCUUUGUCUGCUAUUCCGACUUUGGAUCGAGCCCAGGCGACGACGUUAAUGUAGUCUCGGAGGGACACAUCCGAGAAAUAUUAAAAACAUUGAGCUGUGAUUUCUGCUGAAGACAUGCUGUUGCUACGUGAUUCUUAGUCUGAAAGAGACUUGGCUUACUGCCCACUGCAUUUUUCAAAUACAGUUUAAAUUAUAUUCCCUUGAUAUCUCGAAGACCUUCCGGUUUCUUCCUCUAUGACUCAACGCGACUUGCAAUUCGCGCUGUAACAAAACAGCGCAGAUCGGAAAUAUAAACGCGAAUCUUUAAUUGAAAGAUAUUGAUGACUGAGAUGAUAUAUCACAAAAACAUACGGGGGAUCACACGAUAAGAGGAGGAAAAGAUCUUGCGUCACCGCUGGCGGAAGUGCCCAGUCAUCUGCAGAAAGAACAGGGAACCACAUGUCCGCGAAAAAAUAAACGUGCAAACGCAAUAUUUUUGUAAACAACGAGGGCUCUUCUCGCGAAUAUCGUGAUCGUAGUCGACGAAGAGAGAAAGAGAAGUUAAGAGUGAGAGGGAGAGAAAAGGGAAGAGACCAAGAGAGUGGGAAAUCGCAGCGCGAUUUCCAAGCGCGUUCGAAGUCGCGACUGCAGUUGGUUCCGUGGUCAGGAUCGAACAGCGAUAACGAAGUCGUCAUCGCGCCUUGCACUUUGAAAUCCCAUCGACGGUCUGGGAACGUCAACUAGCUGUGUCGAAACUUCCUGUCGCAUACGAUACGACCGCAAGAUCCGCUUAUUCUCCGACGAGUUGCGAGCACUUGACGCACUGAGACAGAAGUGUUCGCUGUUUGUAACUAUAAUCGCACGGUGACAGAUUUAGAGCCACUUUUAUCAAACUUUAUUGAAACCGUUUUAGUAACCUUGCAAGAUUCCUUCUUCAAUAGCAGCUUUUCAGUUGGAAUCCCAACUGAAGUUACUAAAAUGGUUAGUUUAACUGGAGCUUGGUAAAAGUGACCCUUAUAGUCGAGAGUAUCAUUUUUGUAGUGAGUGUCACUGUAGUGCUAGUGAUAACGAUUUUAUGUGCUGCUAUUAUUUUUUAAUCAGGUGCAGAACAGAAAGAUAUAGUUGGCGUCGAGAAUAAUUAUAACUUUGGUAGCAUUAACUGUUCUUUUCUCUCAGUGCGUCGCGUUGCAAAGAACACGUACACUUCUACAAGCGAGUGAAAAAAAAUUCAUUUGCAUUUUCAUCGCGAUUUACAGUGUCCUCGUCAUAACGAGUGAUGACGCAGUGCGCAUGCGACAUGUUAAAGAAUCAGCGCGGUCGGAGUGUGACACAGAGUUACCGUGUCUCGAAUUAACGUUACCGUAUAUCAGCGGAUGCGCGGCACGACGUAGCGCGAACUUUUCUGCAUUUUUUUCCUCGUCCCGCUUUAUCUACUUUCCCUCUCUCUUCCUUUCUCUCUUUCGCUUCGUACAGAGACGAAGAGGAGAGGACGAGUCGACGCGCGGCGCUUCCACGAUUCCACCUCCAAAGGCACGUUGUCCUUCAGCAGCCGCGUGGCGUCACCGCCAACACUAGUCAGCAGUGUCGUAGAAUCAGUGGAAGAUAACCGAUAGCGGCUGCGGCCGAGGUCGCGCGUGUCCGCGUCGCCGUCGUCGUCGUCGUCGCGCAGCAUUCUCGCGAAGAGAAAGAGCGCGUUCCUGUUGAACAGCGCGACAAGUUUGUGGUGGCUCGAUCUUUCGAGAAAGGAUCGGUGUUGUUGUGGCAUACAAAUCGGCGAAGACCAGCGGCAGGUGACCGCGAAUGACUUCUCCUUUCUACGUCGCACCCGCGACCUCGAUCACCAGUACCGUCGUCAUCAACGCCGCCGUCACCAACCGCACGACGUCGUCCUCGCGAACGGCAACGCCAUGUCGUCGUAGAUGGAUACGGUGUUGACCAAGUGACCGGCGAUUUGCGCGAUGAUUCGCGCGAGGAGUGAAAAGUCAAUUUACUGCGUCGCUUGUUAUCGCGUCUCAUCUCUGCGGAAGCCACAACCUGUUAAGACGAAGAUGAAAGAGCCGUCACGACAAACCCGUGCAGAGAACAAGAGAAACCACAGCCUUCGUUCCUCAACAACCCCACCCAGCUGUCGCAUGUGACGCAUGCUGGCACUCAAUGCACGGGCAUGGUGACAUUGAUACAACAGCAGCAAACGCCGGACGACAGCCAUCAGUGCCAAAGCGAAGAGCAGAAGCGUGAGGACGGCGCUGUAGUGCCGGUCAAUAAUCACGCAUUCGACUUUCACGACGUGGAAGAGGAGGAAGUGGAGGUUGCACGCAAGGCGAAGGAGACCGCGCUCGUUGUUCCGGGCAAUGACAGUGUUGGAGAUUCCUUUACGCAGUGCAGUGACAUAGAUGACGACGUCGAGGAUGACGAGGACGACGAGGAGGAGGAGGAGGAGACGGACGUGGAGGAGGGUGGCGGCGGCGGCUGGGUCGCCAAUCUGCCGGUACCGCCGACCGCUAUCAUUCAGCAGCACCAGGCGGUCACCACUGCGAACGGUAACGUCGUCUUGCCGAGCGCCGACCCGUCCAAUUUCGGCGACGUGUGCGUGAAGAACUCGACGAACGUGCAUCUGGGUAACAAGACUUUCUACAAAGGUCCGGUUACUAUCAAGCAGUUCGUUUACACGAACCCUGCUUUGGUCCAGGAUGAGAACAAGCUCGAAGCUGCCAGCCAUGCUUUCGAUGUUAAUAUAUCGGACUUGCCAGCGAAUAAAGACGACGUGGGUGCCAACAGGCCGAUUCUUCAGCAGAACAACGAGUUGUAUAAAGUGACGCAAUGGCUGUGGACAUGGAGAUGCGCGGCUUUCUUGUGUAUUCUGGCCUUAAUACUAGUGACUACUGUGGUGGUGUGCUCUCUGUAUCUCACUCGUCGCACGGACACACCGCCCGCGCCGAUUUUCCCGGCAAUUCCGGACUCAUCGAUCGAGGGUGUCACAGUGUAUUCGGUGCGCUUCGUGGAGAGGAAUGAAUGGAUCGCCCAACCGCCCUCCGUGCCUUUGACGAAGCUGAAAUUGCCGGUACCUUAUGUGAUCAUCAGUCACACCGCUACAGACUUCUGCACUACACAGUCCGACUGCACAUACCGCGUGAGACUCGCGCAGACCUUCCAUAUUGAGUCGAAGAACUGGUCAGACAUCGCCUACAACUUUCUCGUUGGAGGCGACGGUCUCGCAUACGUCGGCAGAAGCUGGGACUAUGUCGGCGCCCAUGCCUUUGGCUACAACAAUCGCAGCAUCGGUAUUUCCUUCAUCGGCACCUUCAAUAGUGUCAAACCGCCAAAAGUGCAGCUGCAUGCCGCGCAGAAGAUCAUCGAGAUCGGCAUUGAAAAAGGUAAGAUCGCGCGUGAUUACAAGCUCUUGGGCCAUCGACAAGUCUCGAAAACCUUGAGUCCUGGAGAAGCUUUGUAUAGCAUCAUAAAGACGUGGCCGCAUUGGGUACCCGCUCCUUGACCUAAAUAGCGUGCAAGAGUUUCCUGCGCGAAGGAACGAGAUCGCGAAAUGACUUCCGGUCUCUUGUCCAUCUCUUUUGGAUGUAAAGGCGUGAUUGUCAUGUCUGUUUAUUUGGUAGAAACACGAUUCCGGUUUUAGUGGUAGCUGGCUGUGGAAAUGGUUUCUCAGUAAACUAUUAAAUGUCGGUAAUGUUACAUCAAUGUGUUACAAUUUCCUACUUAACAAUUUGACUGUUAUGUACAACAUAAUUGUAAUAUAACUAUUAUAUAUACGAGGAAUAAAAACUAGUAGUAUUGAUAAGACAAUAAGGCAGUUAAGCGCGUUUUAGUUGAAGAAAACAGAAUUUCUGAUUCUUAAAAACAGAGUUUAGUGUUUAAAAUCAGAAAUUCUACUUUCCUCAAUCAAAUUGUAUUUAACUGUGCCAUUGUGCGUCAUGUUAAUUCAGCCAAUCUUAUUUUAAACAUAACAUGUGUAAAUUAUGUUGCACUUACAUUGUUGAGUGACAAAUUAUAAUACCGAUGUAAAAUUAUAAGACCGAUUAUUGAUACUUCCCUUAUAGAAAUAUCAUACUAAGAAUCAUUGAUAAUUACUUAUUUUCAGUAUUAAAAAUAUGGGAUAAUAUGUAAUUAUC